AUGACCGCUUCAAAUCAAUUAGAAGGAGAUCCCUUCAGCGACGUACACGCUGACUCUACUGGGGCAGAGGACUUGCGAGUUUUCACAGCGGAGUCAACUUUAACAUUGGACGCGAAUGCCUCGCUGACAUUAGGCUCAGAUGCGCUAAUUAUUUUCGAUGAGGGGUUUGUGAAGAGAGAAGCACGAAACUGCUGCGGCAUCCUACCAAAUGGUGCUAAAGCCACUCGUACCAUUCCCCUUUUCAACAUCCUCUGGGCUGACCUUGCUGGUAACGAAAUCGCCGUACAUUAUGCACAAAGACUCUCAAAGAACGAGAUUCGAGCAGCGAGCUAUAGACAUAGUAUUCAGAAAAUAGAGCCGCAAAAGGCGGCGGCAUGGGUGUCAAGACUUCUUGACUAUGCAUAUGGAAAAGCCCAGCAAAGGAAGCGUAUAAAAGUUUUAGUAAACCCAUUCGGUGGCCAAGGUAAAGCACGAACGUUGUUCUCUCAAGAGAUCAAACCGAUUUUCGCUGCUGCCCGAUGCGAAUUGGACGUGCAAGAGACCGAAUAUCAAGGCCACGCAGUGACCAUUACGGAGGCUCUCGACAUCAACAAGUACGAUGUAAUUGCCUGUUGUUCAGGUGAUGGCCUUCCGCAUGAGGUUUUCAACGGGCUGGGAAAGAGAGCAGAUGCACGAAGAGCACUUGCAAGGUUAGCCGUGGUUCAACUUCCCUGCGGUUCAGGCAAUGCCAUGAGUUGGAACCUGGCUGGUACGGAUAGCGCAAGCUUGUGUGCAUUGUCCGUCAUUAAGGGAGUCAAAACACCAUUAGACCUCGUAUCAAUCACUCAAGGAGGCCGGCGGACACUUUCGUUUCUGUCUCAGUCCGUUGGCGUUGUUGCUGAGUGUGAUUUGGGGACAGAGAAUCUUCGGUGGAUGGGCAGUGCGCGAUUUACAUGGGGCUUCCUGGUUAGGCUUCUUGGUCAAACAGUGUAUCCAUGUGACCUUGCUGUCGCAGUCGAACUGGAUGAUAAGGCGUCGAUUAGAGAGCGGUAUUGUGCGGAGCUCGGCAAUCGGGCCCCAAUCAGCACAAAACGAGGGCCUUUUACCGGACAGGGCGAUAACAAGGGUAUCGGAGAUGGACUGCCUACGUUAAAGUAUGGGACUGUCAAUGACAAACUCCCAGAGGGCUGGUCGAUGGUGCCGUACGACAAAAUGGGCAACUUCUAUGCUGGUAACAUGGCAUAUAUGGCAGCCGACGCAAAUUUCUUCCCUGCUACCCUACCUAAUGACGGCUGCCUUGAUCUUAUUUGUAUUGAUGGCGAUAUCGGCCGUAUGUCUGCGCUCAAAACAUUGCUAGCAGUUGAAGGAGGGACCUUUUUUGACAUGCCACAUGUCAAAUAUCAAAAGAUUUCGGGUUAUAGAAUAUCGCCGAAAGAUCAGGAAGAUGGUUAUAUCAGCAUUGAUGGUGAGCGUGUGCCUUUUGAGCCUUUUCAAGCUGAGGUGCACCGGGGACUAGGCACUGUGUUAUCAAAAUCUGGGAACUUAUACGAGGCACCUGGCGUUGCUUGA